AAUGUCAGAGUGGAAAACGUAAAUAAAUAUAUAAUUUUAUCUACCAUAUGUUUUUAUUUUGUAAAUAUAAUAACUUAGAUUAAAUAUCUACCGAUUACUUUAUUUAUUUCUAAUGUAUGCGUAGAGAAAUAAGAGGAUUUUAAAUGAAUACAUAAUCUUAGUUAAAAGUUUAGAAGCUGUGAUUUUCUAAAUAAUUUUGAUAAAAUGGGUAAAUCUAGCAAAGUUGUGAUUUGUGGAAUGAAAGGUGUUGGAAAAACUGCUAUACUGGAGCAAUUAAUAUAUGGAAAUGUGUCGAUGAAGUCUUCAUUUUAUGCAACCAUCGAGGAUAUUUACGUGGCUAACAUUGAGACAGACAGAGGGACUAAAGAGAGAGUGUGCUUCUACGAUACUGCAGGUCUCGAGCCCCCGCUUACAGGUCCCCCGCAAUCUCCUACGAUGCAGCUGACUGCCAACCAAGUGCUGCAGCGGCACUACCUCAGUUUCGCUGAAGGCUUUGUUAUGGUGUAUGAUACCACGAAACCUGAAUCACUGGAUGUGCUUAUGUAUUUAAAAAAGGACAUAGAUAGAAACAAGGACAAAAAAGAAGUGGUAAUGUUAGUUAUCGGCAACCGAACAGGUCCCGAUGACGUGAACAGCUUAGAAAACACCUGCUCGAAAGCCUCGAACUGGUGUGCCAGAGAGAAAGUCCGCCAUUUUGAAGUGUCCGCGAUGGAUAGACCGUCUUUAUACGAACCAUUCAUCUAUAUGACGUCAAGAUUGAAUCCGGUACAGAAUAAGACAGCUUUCCCGCAACUGAGUACACUUAGUAAAUUGACACAGAAAAAUAAUAAGAGCGAGGCUAUGUAACGGUACGUUUUUAAUCUAUGCCCUUUCUGCUAUCAUCCUUGAAAUAAGGUGGUCUUCAUUCAUUCUCAUUGUCUGUGGUUAGUUGUUUUUAGUUUUUACAUUUUUUUUCUGUCAACACUUGCAAAACUACGUCACAGGAGGAGAUCGAUAAAAUAUGACAUUAGUAUAAUAUGUAAAAGAAUUUCAGGGAGAAAUCAUGGAAUUCGUGUGACGUAAUUUAUGUAUGACCCCAUCGCUAUUGAGAGCCGAGAUUCAUCUGUCAGCACGCUAUCGCUUUUUGCCAUCGCUCUAUCCUUUUCUAUCGCUCAGAAACCUCAUGUUAGAGCGAGGUAGGUAGCGGGUGUGGCUUUGCAUAGAAUCCUCUAGGCGACAGCCACCACGCCAUCUUUCUCGCUGUUGCAGGUAGUAAGAGAAAACGAUAAAGCUACGGAAAACAGCCCCCCUUAUCUGGCUCUGUAUAUUUGUUGUCAAUAUUAAAUUUAACGUUAACUGACUUGUAGUCAGAACUCAAAAUUAUGCAGUUUUAAUGCCUCGAAUAUACUUAGUUUUGAAUAUCAUCUUUGUAAGUUUUAGCUUAAAAUGAGUAAGUUCUUUGCUCAAAUCUUUUUCUUUUAUUUAGAAAUGACAAUUAAUUUUUAGUAGCGGGCAGUAGUAUUUUAGUUAAAAUCAUUUUAAUGUAAUUUGUAAGGUUAAAUGAAUAUAUUUAUUGAAAAAAAUAUCAAAUCGUAUUCUGAAGAUAUAUUUUGUUUUUAAAAUAUGUCUUAUUCCGUAGCAGUAAGGUAUAGAAUUCGUAAGUCAUUGUUUCUAAUGACAUGUUAUAAUGGUUUUAUGUGUUACAGAAUUAUUCCUUCUUUCACAAUUUAUUUAUUUAUAUUGCAUAUUUGUAAUUAAAGUAAUUUGUUAAUUACAUUCUGAAUCGCCUUAAAAAUUGGUGUCCAGUUAAAGUUUUAACCAUACGUCAGUUAUAUCUGUUCAACAUCAUGUGCUCUUAGCACGAAAACGAAUAAAGUAUGAAUUAGUUUCAUACCAAGCACAAUAUGUCAAAUCGUUGUAUUUAUUUUACACAGCGCCAUCUACUUCUCUAUAGGGAACUAAAAUUUCCAAUACAUGCAUUUUGACAUAUGUGUUCUAGUUACUGAUUCAAACGUAUUCCAUAAUUCUCGUGCUAAGAUACUGACGUGCUGGCUAGAAUAGGGAUAAUGACUGAUUUUUGUCUGUCUGUCUGUCUGUCGUGUAACUAUUCGAGGUCCCUAUUCUUUGGAAAAACCUUUAUUUAACCUUUAUAAACUAAAUAAAUGUUUUUGAUAGAAACAUAUGUAAUUAACGAUUAUAAAUUAUCAUCAUCAUAACAACAUCAUUUUAAGUAGGUAUAUGGGCAUAGAUUUUUAUAAUCGAUGAAUUCUAGACAAUUAAUUAGGUAGUAUAAUUUUUUUAUUGACAUAAUUAGGUACUUAAUGAAUUUAGUGCAAUAUUUCCUUGAAUUAAUUCUACCGAGAAUGUGUUAUUUAAAAUUUUACUAUGUAUAUAACUAUUGGAUAUUCAAGUGAUUGCACAUUUGUGAUUUAAAUACUUGUCAAGUGCAUAUGUAUUAUAUUUACGCUAGAAUCUCUGCUUAGUUUGCGAUAGUAAGGCGCCGUUCAUUUAUUAUUUAUUAUCAGAUUUUUAAUUAGAUGAACUAACUUAACAGACAGCUCAAGUUUUUGUCUUACUCCGUUCUGUGAUAUGAUUCAUUCAAUUUUUUUUUUCAAAAGAACUCGGAAAGUGAUUUUUGAUGUCUUGGGUCUCCAUGUCCUACAUUAUGUUAUUUUGUUUGGAAAUACUCGUACUUACAGUCUCAUCGAAGUUCUAGUUGUAUUAAAAAAAUACUUAAUUAUUUCAAAGACACGAAAUUGAAUAAGUUCUAUUAUUUUAGUAUAAUCGAUAUAAAGUACAAUUAUGGCAAUUGAAUCAUAAUUCAUGGAUCAUUUCCUAUGACUUAAAUUAUAAUCUGUUUUUUUUUAAUUACAAUAAAGAGGCAACCUACCAUGUGUCAGUUUAGUCUAUCUAAUUAAAAAUCAGUGUACCUAUAUGACCACCCGGUUUUCCUGUUUCAAAGAAAUGAGAAUCUACUGAUUUCGGUUAAUUAUUAGGUAUUUAGUCAUGCAGUCACAUUGCGAGCCUACCAAUAAAUAGCCUUAUGUGAUGGACGGUGCCUUAGGGAACGUAUACAUUAGUUGCCGUAUCUAGUAGGGCGAUCUUCAAUAUUUCUACACGCAAUCACAACAGCAAAAAGGCUGUAGUUUUUGGGUACUAUUGACGCUAAGCUAACUACCAUUGACUGUUUUUUUUUUUCUAAAUAAGAGUGAGCGCAGGCGCUUCUCGUUUCGAAGCAUUCGGUCUUUGAGAGCAUGCCCAAGCAGAUUCGUUUCUUCUACAAUAACUUUCCUGGAAAUUUAAAUUUUAUUAACAUAGUAAUAAGUUGCAUUUUUAUUCAUUGCAUAAAUACGCCUUGACAAACUGCCACCAGUGGAUAUAGCACUGUAAAAGAUAAAAUAGACAACCCUAACUGUGUAUGUAUUAUUUAUUUAAUCUUUGUAAUAUUGUGAGUUAUAUUUUGUAACUAGGGCAUGCGAAAAACACAUACAUAAAGUAUUAUGUGACCUUUGAAAAUAAACGAGACGUAUUGCUAUUCAUAGGAUCUCUGUAUUUUUUUAUUGAAGAGGGUGGGGUCAGUGAUCUGUAGCGUUGAGUAUGACAAAACACACUACUCCGCGGAAACAAUACAGUUUUAUGGAUAACGAUACAUAUCGAUUUCUUUCGACUCCUAUAUAAUAUGUGUGGUAUUAAGAAUGGACUAUUGUUUGUUUUCAUUUUUCAAAUUAAUUACCCAGACAUUAUCAAUGUUUUUACUAAAAUUCUUCUAACACAAUACUCGAAUGACAUUAUUUUCGCUUGUCCUCACUUAUUCUCAAUUAUAGCUUUAAUAUUUUUUUUGUUAGUGUUUUAUCUCUAUUUAUUUAAUAUCCCAUCAAUUUAGAGAGAAUUUUUAUUAGAAAUAUUAAUCUAAUUGUAAUGAAAUUAUUGAUGAAUUAGAAGAAGUGUGUACUUACCUUUACAAAAUUCAUAUUAAAUCUCUAUUUAAAAUUAAAUAAGUGUUUGUUUACAUAAAAAUAAAUGUUAUUAUUAUUA